AUGCAACAAUCACAGCAUAUUAUCCCUUACAUGACGAGUUCGGUUUCGUCAGAGUCCCAGCAAGCGUCCCCAGGGUACCAUCGCUUUAUUCGAAAUCCUGUUCUUUUCGGACUGGGCGUUAUGUUCCUCGAACUCGCUUUCCAGACCCCUAUCGCAUCUAUGAUAGAGUCUAUCGAUCUUCAAGAAGGUGGUGACUCAGAUUUUGUUGAAUAUUUCACGGCCCGCAGAGUGGUAGAGAAGAGCCACGCGAAGAUCAGCAAGAGCUUCAGAGACGUCACUAAACGAUGUCUGUACUGCGACUUUGGGCAUGACAGUGACUUUAAAAGUCCUGCCCUUCAGCAGGCUUUCUACAAUAAUGUCAUUACCGUUCUUGAUGGCCUUGAAGAUGUCUAUAGAGACCUUCAAGAUGGCUGA